AUGGAUUUUCCUACCGUGACACAUUUCUGUUGUUGUUAAAAAUGACUGGAGUAUUCAGCUUGCACAGUCGUUCUUUAACAAACAUGGACAUGACUCUACUAAAUUUGAGUACAUCCGUCAGAAACUCCGUGAAAUUGGAAGAUUGUUGUUGACGUUGCGUAAAGAGUUCUCUAUUUACAGUCUUGAAGAAGCUGUGAAACCUGCUAAUUUCUAUCGAGUUAUUCAAGCAGUCCAGAGGGUAUCUGGCUAUGAUGAAGAGAGUCACUGCUACAAAAGCCCAAGUCUUGCACUCAAACUGGGUCAUUCAUUAAACAAGAUCUGUGAAAUCAUUCAUUGCAGAGCACUCAUGUCUGAAGACAAAGAACUGAUUUCCUCAACAGAUACAUUCAAAAAGCUGUAUUCCUCAAAGUGGUCUGAGUUGAUCUCCCACUCUGCACUUGUCACAAUGAAUGAGGCCAGAUUCAACAAGCCAUCGACCCUGCCUUUCACCAAAGAUGUACAGUGUCUUCAUCAGUUCCUUGAAAAGAGCGCACAUGCUGCCUUUGAGAAACUAAAAGAGACUGCGUCACCUCAGAGCUAUGCAGCACUAGCCAAAGCAACUCUGGCAAGAAUGAUUGUUUUUAAUCGCCGGCGUGCAGGAGAGGUGUCAAAAAUGCAGCUUAAAAGCUUUCAAGAAAGGGACAGCACUUCUCUUCACGAUGAUGUUGCCUUGGGCCUUAGCAGGUUUGAACAAAAACUCUGCAGUUGAGAUCAGGGGUAAAAGAGGAAGGAAGGUGGCCGUUCUUCUUUCACCUGACAUGGUGGAUGCACUGACGCUGCUGGUCAGAAGGAGAAGUGAGUGUGAGGUGCAGGACACCAACAGUUUCUUGUUUGCUAGACCUAACUGCCAAAGUCAUUACAGAGGCCAGGACUGUAUUAGGGUCUUUGCCAGUGAAUGUGGAGCUCAACAUCCAGAGUUUCUGCGAUCAACACACCUCCGGAAACAUGUGGCUACUCUCUCUCAAAUCCUCAACCUGAAAAACAAUGAAUUGGAUCAGGUUGCCGAUUUCUUAGGGCAUGAUAUCCGUGUGCAUCGCGACUAUUACAGGCUGCCAGAAGCCACAACUCAACUGGCUAAGAUAUCUAAAUUACUGCUAGCUAUGGAAAAGGGCUGUCUUCCUGAUCUUCAGGGAAAGUCCCUUGACGACAUUGAGCUUGAAGAUGAGAUCAGUGUAAAUGAUUCUGAAGACAGUGGUCCCGAUGAAAGUGAUGUUGAAGAUGAUGUCCCUGCUGCUGCCUCCAGUCGUGAUGUCCCUGCUGCUGCCUCCAGUUGUGAUGUUUCUGCUGCUGCCUCCAGUCGUGUUGUUUCUGCUGCUGGCUCCAGUCGUGAUGUUUCUGCUGCUGGCUCCAGUCAUGUUGUUUCUGCUGCUGGCUCCAGUCGUGUUGUUUCUGCUGCUGGCUCCAGUCGUGUUGCUUCUGCUGCUGGCUCCAGUCGUGUUGCUUCUGCUGCUGCCUCCAGUCGUGUUGUUUCUGCUGCUGCCUCCAGUCGUGUUGUUUCUGCUGCUGCCUCCAGUCAUGCUGGUAUGUUAAAGUGCCCAUCUUAUGACUGCUUUUGCACAAGUUAUAUAGGUGUAUGAGUUCCAUAAAGCAUGUUUCAAAUUUUUUUGCUCGAAAUAGCUUGUAGGAAAAGAUUGUUACCCAUCUCUAGGAGCCUCUGUUUCAAGGCAGUUCAGAUUGUGCCGUUUUGAGCCAGUCAUUACAUAUUUAUGAGUUGCUGCUCCUUUGAUCACGCCCCACUACUAACGUCAUGUGCCCGUGCGCAUGCUCAGUGGUAUCGUGAGCAGUACAGACCAUACUGUGUUAUUAUUUUAUAUAUUAUUAUUAACGGUUUAUGUUGCCAACAGACAAAUCAUGCAGAAAAGUAUCACUAAUAAGUAACGUUACACUACAGGAGAAGAAACUCAUGACACACAAUGAUUCCAGAGUAAAUUGUGAUGUAACGUUAGCAGUCUCAACAAUAAACUCGUUUUCCCUGGAAAAUACUAACAUAUUCCCGUUAUAAAACAUUUUCAAACGCAUUAUUUUCGCAAAUUACAGAAAUUAAGACCCGGCGGGGGAUGUAUACUGCUUGUGGACCGCGUGCUAAUUGCUAGAAGCUAGCGGGAGGUCUGGACCGUAAAGUUAUAAGAGGCUCGGGGGUUAGCCACGUCAGAAAAGCCGGGGCGGUAAGGCCCGGUCUCGGUGUGUCAAACUAAUCAUGACACAAAGAUUCCAGCGUAAAUUGUGAUGAGCAGUCUCAACAAUACACUCGUUUUCUCUGGACAAUACUAACAUAUUCCUGUUAUAAACAUUUUCAAACGCAUUAUUUUUGCAAAUUACAGAAAUUAAGACCCGGUAGGGGAUGUAUACUGCUUGUGGACCGCGUGCUAAUUGCUAGAAGCUAGCGGGAGCUCCGGACCGUACAGUUAUUAGAGGCUCGGGGGUUAACUUAGCCUCGUCAGAAAAGCCGGUGCGUAAGGCCCGGUCUCGGUUAGUUUGGCAAAAAAAAAAUUAGCUCUAUCAUCAUAAAUGUAGUAUUUUGUGAUAGAAGAUGACAACAUGCAAAAUAUAACGUGACUUCUUACCUUUUGUGUUUGAUACAAAGAUCGCAAAUCGAAUCCAGUCUGUUUCAGAUGUGUGAAUGAUCCAUGAAAGUCUAGUAAAAUACAGUACAAAUAAAAAACACAUCCAUUUUUGUCCACAAAUGCGUAUAAUCCGUGGGAGCUACAUAGUCUGUUGUUUACAUCAGAUUUCGCAUGAAGGUCUUAUCGCCUACAAUCUGAUGACUAUUUGCGUCGUAACACACUGUAUAUAAGAAUACUCCGGGUUCCA